GGUGUGGGGCAAGUGGCGCAGAGGGCAGAGGGAAGGCUGUGGGCAGGGGGCGCUUCAGGAGAGGGCCGGGCAGACCCCUGGGCUUGCAGGCAGGGCGAGGCGCAAAGCCAGGGCGAGGGGAGGCGGUGGGCCCAGAGCAGUCGUCCAGAGAGCCUGCCGGAGUGCCUGGGGGAGCAGCGCAGGGGCCGCGGGGAUGAACUUUGCCGUGGGCUUCAAGCCGAUGCUCGGGACCUCGCAGAGCAUGGACAGCCUGGAGAAGCAGCUGAUCUGCCCCAUCUGCCUGGAGAUGUUCACCAAGCCGGUCGUGAUCCUGCCUUGCCAGCACAACCUGUGCCGCAAGUGUGCCAACGACAUCUUCCAGGCCUCCAACCCGCUCUGGCAAUCCCGCGGGUCAAGCUCGGUGUCCUCCAGCGGCCGGUUCCGGUGCCCGUCCUGCCGGCACGAGGUGGUGCUGGAUCGGCACGGCGUGUACGGGCUGCAGCGCAACCUGCUGGUGGAGAACAUCAUCGACAUCUACAAGCAGGAGUCCUCUCGGCCCCUCCACGCCAAGGCGGAGCAGCAGCUGCUGUGCGAGGAGCACGAGGACGAGAAGAUCAACAUCUACUGCCUGACCUGCGAGACGCCCACCUGCUCCAUGUGCAAGGUCUUCGGGGCUCACAAGGACUGUGACGUCGCCCCCCUGAGCAGCGUCUACAAGCGCCAGAAGGGGGAGCUGAGCGACGGCAUCGCCAUGCUGGUGGCCGGCAACGACCGGGCCCAGGCCAUCAUCAGCCAGAUGGAAGAGAUCUGCAAGACCAUCGAGGAGAACGCUCGGCGGCAGAAGCAGCACCUCUGCCUGCGCUUCGACUCGCUGUAUGGCAUCCUGGAGGAGCGCAAGAAGGAGCUGCUGCAGGAGAUCGGGCGCGAGCAGGAGGAGAAGGUCCAGCUGGUGCGGGGGCUCAUUCGCCAGUACGGGGACCACCUCGAGAGCUCCUCCAAGCUGGUGGAGAGCGCCAUCCAGUCCAUGGAGGAGCCCCAGAUGGCCGUCUACCUUCAGCAGUCGAAGGAGCUGAUCAAGAAGAUCACAGACAUGUCCAAGGUGUCCAUGAGCAGCCGGCCGGAGUCUGGCUAUGAGAACAUGGACCACUUUUCUGUGAACGUGGAUCACGUGGCUGAAAUGCUGAGGACAAUAGGAUUCCACCCAGCAUCCGACACUGCUGGGGAGAACACGGAGCCGGAAGGACUCAGCCCGGAGGGGGGCGGCGAAGCAGGCGACGAGGAACACCUGGAGGGGCCGAGCACCACCGAGGGGACAGAAGAUGUAGAGGCCCCGCCGCGGAUCAGGCCAAAGCCGGCCGGCGGCGCCCACGCGGCUCCGCACUGAGCAGGCGCCCGGGGCAGCCGGAGGACGCCGCGCCCUCGCCCCGCCGCCGCCACCGGACGAAGACCGCGCCUCUCCCGCCGCCUCGCCUCGCCUCGCUUCGCCGCCCCGGACGGGACUGACCGCGCGCAGCUCUGCGCUCGAGGCGCUUCUUGGGGGGCCGCGCGGUGCAGCCGCGGCCGGAGGGCAGCCUCGGGGCCGUUCGCGUGGAGCGGGUCGGCCGGCGCGGAGGACCCCACCGAGAGCUUCCUCCGAGGCCUCCGGGUCGCCCCGCGAGGUGCCCGCCUUCCUGCCCGGUCUUGCCCACGGUGCAAUUCUGGGUUUGCUCUUUUUGUUCUACUUGGUCCCCGUCGAGCAAGACGCAAAACAAAACAGAAUUUCGAAAUGAUUAGCA